UCCGUCUUCUCGGACUGAGAGCGGCUUGGUUCGCCAUGUUGGUUUGUGUGUAAAAUAAUCGUUUGCAUCCGUCCUAAAGCUUGACUCUUUUACUCUAAGGACGAGCCCUGCUGCUAGUUCACACUCUGGGCCAUCUACCAAUGCUAUUAUUUUUGUGAUUUGCAGGUAAACUCACGUGAGAAACGUCCUUCUGAGGGAGGACACCCUGAGGUACAUCUCUCUAUCUCUCUAUACAACAAAAAAUCCGCCUGGUUUUUCCUUUAUUUUGUCUUCCUCAGCCUGAAAUGAGCUUACCACAGAAAGCCAAACCACAGCCUGUAAUAAGAGGACUACAACAGCCUGCUUCAAUUGCCAGAGGACCUGUACAACAGACACUUGAAGAGCGCCUCUACCCUCCCCAGGCAGCAGUACCACCAGUCCAGUAUACAGUCUCACAGGUGCCCAAACAGGCAGGACCUGCUGCUUAUACAACACAUGAACUAAACAAGGGUCAUCCAAACCUCCCUGCAACGCCGCCAGGCCAUGCCUCUUCGCCAGGCCUCUCACAGGCUGCCUUCCAGUCUGGCCAGAAUGCAGCUCCUCCUCCACUUGUAUACACUCAAAAUCCACAGACAAUGACUACACAACCACAGACCAGACAGUUCGCAGCAGGGCCUCGGGCUGCCCACCAUCAGUUUUUUCAAAGACCGCCAAUGCAACCAACCAGACCCAGCAUACCGAAUAAUAAUCCUUCCAUGCGUCCAGGAACACAGGCUGCAACGGCAGUCUAUCCACCUAGCCAGGGGCCCAUAAUAAUGAUGAACCCACCUGUGCCAUAUCCCCCAGCCCCUCAGGCUCCAUAUUAUAUUGCUAACCCGUUCCGCCCUAGUGCAACUCCAUACAUGGGUCCCCCCCAGCAGUAUUCAGUCCAGCCACCACCUGGUCCAUUCUAUUCAGGACCAGGUCCUGGUGACUUCACUACUUAUGCCUCAGAAACAAGGCGCAGAGGGUGGCCCCAGUCAGGAGUUCAGCCACUGUGUGCACCAUCCUAUUACAGUCAACCUGUGUAUUCGCCGUCUGCACCUUUGAUAGUGCCUACACAACCGCCACCACCUCCAACAAAGAGGGAAAAGAAAACGAUUAGAAUCCGUGAUCCAAAUCAGGGAGGCAAGGAUGUCACUGAAGAAAUAUUGUCAGGUGGAGGUGGAAGCAGAAAUCCUACACCGCCUGUAGUGAGACCAAGUUCCACGCCGACUCCACCUCAGCAGCUACCCAAUCAGGUUGCAGAACAUGGACCAGUUUUCGGAUCUGCAGAAAAUGCUCACGUUGCUCCAAGUGUGGAUUUCAAGCAAGUGGCGCGAACUGAAGCUGCUAUAACAAAACUGAAAGCAGAGGAGAAACCAAAGCAGGAGCCAAUGGUGAAAAGUCCUUCACCAGAUAGAAGAUCAGAAGCUAUUUUAGAAAGUAAAGACAUAGAUGGAGAGCCUCCUGAUUCUGUCCCUUUACAAGUGGAGGAGGAGGUGGAAGAAGAAGAGGAGGAGGAGGAGGAGGAGGAGGGGGAGGAAGAGGAGGAAGAAGAAGCAACGCCAACAGUGGAACCUACUACUAGCGACUCAAUUUUUCCAACUUUGGAUUCUGUGGAAGAAUCUGAACCAUCCAUUCCUAAGGAAGAGCAGAACCCUGUACCUAACUUAUGUUUGCAUGGGGAAGUAGAAGAGGAUAAAAAAGAAGAGCAGGACAGUGAAAACCUAUCUGGAAAAGUGAUUAUUGCUUCAGCUAACGAAAUUAUUGUGCCUGUUACUGUUAACACAAUUAAAGAUGUGAAUGGCAUGGCCAGACAAGAAGUAACACAAAGCACCUUAGAAAGUCUGUCACAAGACCUUCCUCCACUCUCCACUACAGUGGAGAUUCCAGACAUUCCUCGGACAGAAGUGGAGAGAACACCUUCCCCGAUUGCUGUUUGCACCAAUCUGGAAGUCGCAGUAGAGGAAGAGAACAAGGAGGAAACUCCUAUUAGUGAUGACAGAAGUCAGGAUAUGGAAAGCAAAGAAUCCGCUGAAGAGGAGGAGAAAGAGGUAGAGGAAAAUGACUCACAACAAUUAAACUCCAAAAAAAGCCCAGAGAUUGUGUAUGUCCCGCUAUCUCUUCCUGCACCAAAGAUGCAGAAGAAGCCAAAAGAGCUGAACAGGCUGGAAGAAGAUUUGUUAGAGAUCAGUGAAAAGCCUAAAGUCGAAGAAGAAACUACAGUUGAAAAUGCUCCAGAACCUGAACAGGAUCAGUUAAUCCCAGAUGCAAAUCUGGACGAAGACUUUAACGUUCAAAAACAUGAAGUAGAAGAGAAUGGGGAUCAGGACCUAGAACCUGAACAAAAUGGUUCAGAGUCUGUUUCAGAAAGUGAAAGUACUGAGGCCAGCACCAAAGAAAGCCCUGAUGACAACCUAGUGUCCAGCUUCAAGGAAGAACAAUGGAAAGUGCUGAAUCAGGAGGGAAAGAAACGAUAUGACCGGGAAUUUCUCCUUGGAUUCCAGUUCAUUGCAGCCAGUACACAAAAGCCAGAUGGUUUGCCAGCAAUUAGUGAUGUUGUUCUUGAUAAGAUCAACCAGACCAAACAAAUUGUAAGACCUUUGGAUCCCUCACGGAUGCUGCCCCGAGGCCCAGACUUCACACCACCCUAUGCAGAUUUUGGAAGACAGCCACAAAGUGGGCGAGCAGGCACAGUGUUAAAUGUUGGACCAAGGAGGUCGCAGCAUGGCCAAAGGAGAGAACCAAGGAAGAUUAUUACAAAUAUAACUGUGAAUGAUGAUAUUCAACUGAAGAAGUCAGAGAAUGCAUGGAAACCAAUCUUAAAAAGAGACGAUAUUUCUGAAGACUCUGAUGUGCAAAAAACACAGGAAUUAUUUCGACGAGUAAGAAGCAUUCUGAACAAGCUGACACCACAAAUGUUUCAACAAUUGAUGAAGCAAGUUCAGGAGCUGACAAUUGAUACAGAGGAGAGGCUGAAGGGAGUUAUUGACUUAGUCUUUGAAAAAGCCAUCGAUGAGCCUAAUUUCUCAGUAGCAUAUGCCAACAUGUGUCGCUGUCUCACAAUGCUGAAGGUCCCAAUGUCGGAUAAGCCAGGGGCUUCAGUAAAUUUUCGUAAGCUGUUACUAAAUCGUUGUCAGAAAGAAUUUGAGAAGGACAAAGCCGAUGAUGUUGUCAACGAGAAGAAGCAGAAAGAGAUUGAUGCAACUGCUAAAACAGAAGAGAGGUCCAGACUUCAAGACGAGCUAGAAGAAUCCAAGGACAAGGCUCGAAGAAGAUCAAUUGGAAACAUUAAAUUUAUCGGUGAACUAUUCAAACUUAAAAUGCUGACAGAAGCAAUUAUGCACGACUGUGUUGUGAAACUACUAAAAAACCAUGAUGAGGAAUCAUUAGAAUGUUUAUGCAGGCUAUUGACCACAAUCGGCAAAGACCUCGAUUUUGAAAAAGCAAAACCUCGCAUGGACCAGUAUUUCAAUCAAAUGGAAAAGAUUGUGAAAGAAAGGAAAACAUCAUCUAGAAUACGUUUUAUGCUUCAAGAUGUGAUAGAUGUGAGAAUGAAAAAUUGGGUAUCACGUAGGGUCGAACAGGGUCCGAAGACUAUUGAACAGAUCCAUAAAGAAGCACAGAUUGAAGAGCAGCAGCAACAAUUGAAAGUUCAUCAGCAACUAUUGUCUAAGCAAGACAAAAGGAGACCAACUAGUGGACGACCCACAGAAGAAGCUUGGAACACGGUUCCAGUGUCUAAGAGCAGCAGGACGAUAGACCCCAGCAAGUUUCCAAAAAUCACCAAGCCUGCCACUGAUGAUAAAAUUCAGUUGGGACCAGGAUGUCGAUUAGGUAGCUGGGGUAAGGGCAGCAGUGGAGGAGUGAAAACUAAUGAAACUGAACCACCACGAACAACAAGUUUGAAUAGAUUCUCUGUACUACAGCAGCCUACCCCUCCUUCUGAUUCAGAUGCACGCAGGACACUACCUAGUAGAAGCAGUACUGGAAGGGAGAAGAACGAUAAGCCAACUCGGCCGGCUAUCACACGAGUGAGCAGUAACAAGGAACUGCUUGAUGAUAGAGCACGAGAAGAAGAGAGGAGAGAAGCCGUUGAAAUUGUACAGCAAACCAUAGGUACCUCUGAGGACAAGAGUAUUGAGGUAGACAGAAACCGGACUAAGGAAAAUGUGAAGCCUGAAGUAUUUCCUGCUGAUGCUUCAUGCAGAGCUGAUCUGUCUGAAGAGGAGAUGGAGAAAAAAUCAAAAUCGAUUAUUGAUGAAUUUUUGCACAUUAAUGAUUAUAAGGAAGCAGUCCAGUGCGUAGAUGAAUUGAAUUCACUGAAUCUACUCCAUGUCUUUGUGAGAGUUGGUGUGGAGUCAACAUUGGAGAGAAGUCAGAUAACAAGAGAACACAUGGGACAGCUUUUCUACCAGUUGAUACAGACAGAAAAGCUACCCAAGGAUGAAUUUUUCAAAGGGUUCUUAGAACUCUUGGAAUUGGCAGAGGACAUGGCCAUUGAUAUACCACAUAUAUGGCUGUAUCUGGGUGAACUUGUGACGCCCAUGUUACAAGAAGGAGGAAUCUCUAUGAGAGAAUUAUUUACAGAACUUAGUAAACCUUUACUUCCUGUGGAGAGAGCAGGGAUUUUGCUUGCAGAAAUUUUGCACCUUCUAUGCAAACAAAUGAGCCAUAAGAAAGUCGGGGCCUUAUGGAAAGAGGCUGGCCUAAAUUGGAAGGAUUUCCUAACUGAAGGACAGGAUGUCCAGCAAUUCAUUAGUGAUAAGAAAUUGGAGUUUACUGUAUCAGAUGUUUCUAGUCCUACUGAAGCACUUUCAAAAAUGGAGCUCUCUGCUGAAGAAUUGAACAAGUGGCUAGAAAAGCUUAUUAUCGAAGACCGGGCUAGCAAUGAGCAAAUCUUUGACUGGGUAGAAGCUAAUUUAGAUGAAUCACAGGUUGGGUCAUCUACAUUCCUUCGUGCUUUAAUGACAACAGUAUGUAGAUCAGCUAUUACAGGGGAAGGAGCUCCAAGUCGAGUGGAUGCAAAUGUUAUACAACAGAGAUUGCGAUUAUUACUGAAGUACCUUAACUCCGAUACAGAAAGAGAAUUACAAGCACUUUAUGCACUACAAGCAUUAAUAGUAAAACUUGAUCAACCCCCUAACUUGUUAAGAAUGUUCUUUGACACUUUGUAUGAUGAGGAUGUUAUAUCUGAAGAUGCAUUCUACAAGUGGGAAAGUAGCAAAGAUCCAGCAGAGCAAAACGGCAAAGGGGUAGCGCUAAAAUCUGUCACGGCUUUUUUUACAUGGCUAAGAGAAGCUGAGGAAGAGUCCGAAGAUAACUAAAACAAAAUAUGUCUUCGCCAAUCAAAGUGCAAAAAGGCCAAUCAUCGCAACAAAUAUGCACAGAUAUACAGUCAGCGAUCAUGAUGAAAAUUAUGGUACACGCACGUAAAGAAAAUCCGCGGUGAUGUUAAAGAACCAUGGGUGGGAGCACUAAAAAAAAUGUAUUAUUUAUAGAAAAUAUUUUUGUUUUAAAUUUUAAGCUUUUUUGUUAUUUUUAAAAGGACAGAUGGUUCCACUUUUCUGUGCAGCAAAAAAAAUAAAAAAAAUUGAACACUUUAAUUUAUUUUUAGAACUGCAACGGUUAUGUAAUUUGAGUUUGCAGUUACUGUAAACAGAAUGUAACAUAGAGAAAAGCAACCCAAACUCGUGCCCACCAGGCCAUUUUAAACAAAUAUAGGGCAUCAAAAUUUAGUAUAUGGGCAGAGGUUAACAAUGAUGGCUGAAAGUAGUAAUAUGUACCAGUAAUUCUUCCUGCCUGCUUCAGCUUGCUCCAGAAAUGUACAUAACAUUCAACUGGAAGAUGAUGCUCCCCGAAUUUCCAAGCCGUACAUUAUGAACUGCAGAACAUGGAGAACUUGUACAAAAAAAUUCAACUUGAGGAAGUGCUUGUAAUACUUUCAAACUAUAGAGCUACUCAAAAGCUUGUAAAUACAUAAAGAGAAAUAUUUAAAAAAAAAUGACUCGUUACUAUCUUUUCACUUUCAAAACUAAAUAAAAACAGACCGUGCAAGUUGAAAAAAAUAAAUACAAACUACUGUUUAUUUAAGAAUUCAUGAUCACAAGACUGGUUCUACGUAAGUUUGCAAACUAGUUUGACUUUUUUUGUACUCUGUUACCUCAUUGUAUUAUAUGAUGCAGGGCAGUGGAUGCAAUGCCCAUUGUUGUGACGAGUUGUAUCAAAUGGCUGGCUGACACUAGUCAGUUAUUGAGAUGUGACAGAAGGUUUUUUUGAAAAAAUACUGAACAAAUGAAGAUCCUUCCUCCUUAAAAACUUUCAACCAUUGGUUUGAGACGCCUGUCAGAGCUGUCGUUGUGAAAGAAAAUGUCAGAAUAUUUGAAAUAAUGGGUUACGUUUUCCAAACACACAUGCAACCUUUCACACCAGCUGCUUCCAUUGAUGCUAGUUGCAGCAAACCGAAAAUAUUAUCGUGUGAAACAGCAUUUUUCCGAAAGUUAUGUGGUUUAUCUCAUGAGUUGCUUAUUUGAUUUAAACAUGGCCUCAAAGAUUAACACUACAUUUUAUUUGUACCAGUUUGUGCAUUUUUUGUUUGAGAAUUG